UUUAAUUCGGCAUUAUUUUGGAAGUAAAUCAUAAUAUUUCCUCCUGUUGUGAUAUAAUUAUGAAGCCAACACAAAACUUUUUAUUAGAGACCAUGUUGGAGUAAAGCAGUAUCAUUUUCCACAUAAACUUAAGUGCAAAAAAAAAAUCAGACUACAGAAGUGUAUGCACACUCUGGUUACAACCACGUGGAGCACAGCUAUAAUUAGGCAGGACUAUUAUUGGCAAACGGAUGGUAAGUAAGUGCAGCAGAGCACAGGAAAUAAGAGGGCUGCAGGUUGUUGAAGAAAUGCUGGUCAGAGAAGGGAGGAAAGAUGGAACAAGAUGACAAUGAUAAUAGCCACAAGAAGGGCAUUGUUUUCUCUCCACUAAGGCCAUUAGGUGAUUUCAAAAUAGUCCAGGUAGUUGAGUGCAGAGCUGAAGGUGGGGCAGCAAAGAUGCAGAAUUUGGCUGCAGCAGCACCCUGAGAAGACCUCUGGGAAGGAGCCCCAUCCCAGGGCACUCCACACAGGCAUUAGGGGACAUGGACCAGAAAGACAUCCCAGCACUCCAGACACUAUGAGGCAGCGUUUUAAAGCAAACAAAAGAAUCUCUAGGCAUCAGAAAAACCUCAAGGCCUGAACUGAAGAAAAAAACCAGAUUCUCAGAUUUCUCCAUUGAGGAGGUCACAGGAUUAUGAGAGGAAGUGCAAAAGAAAGCUGCUGAACUUGGGCACAGCUGUGAGUAUGGCACCCUCCUUUCUGCAUCAAGUCUGAACUGCUAAGAAAGGGAAGUUUGGCUGGGCCUCACUUUGUCAAGAGCUGAAGAGCUGGGGAUGUCUUUUGGCACAUAAUCCCCAGCCAGGACUGCGGGGAGCGCUGAAGCUGAGGGAGGGGCUGUGGAUCCCACCUCAGCCCCAACCACCUGGGAAAAGGAAGCAGAAAAAGGACAACUGGCAACUGUCACCACGCUUUCUUCUCAUCUCGUUCUUGGGACAUACUGUGGCAGAGGAGGAUCUUUUGGCCACCAUCUAAUAACACUGAGGAUUUAGCAGUGGCCACCAUGGGUUCUAUGAGUUCCCGAGGGCACCAGACAGAAGCCCAGGUGGUGAUGAUGGGCCUUGAUUCGGCUGGCAAGACUACGCUCCUGUACAAACUGAAAGGCCACCCGCCGCUGGAGACCCUGCCCACCAUUGGCUUCAAUGUGGAGCCUCUCGAAGCCCCAGGGCAUGUGUCUUUGACUCUCUGGGAUGUUGGGGGGCAGACUCAGCUCAGGGCCAGCUGGAAGGACUACCUGGAAGGCAUGGACAUCCUCGUGUAUGUGCUGGAUAGCACAGACGAAGCCCGCUUGCCUGAGGCAGUGGCUGAACUCACAAAAGUCCUGGACCACCCCAACAUGGCCAGCAUCCCUUUCUUGGUGCUGGCCAACAAGCAGGAGGCACCUGAUGCUCUUCCGCUGCCUGAAAUCAGAGACAGGCUGGGCCUGGAGAGAUUUCCCGACCGCUGCUGGGAGCUCCGAGCCUGCAGUGCCCUCACUGGCGAGGGGCUGCCAGAGGCCUUGCAGAGCCUGAGGAGCCUUCUGAAAUCCCACAGCAGCUGUGUCUCCAGGUGAGCACAAUGCAGCAGCCAGUGCAGAGAGCAAGAAGUCUUGAUGUGGGCAGAACAGCUUAUCUUUUUGCUCAUAUAAACCGGAAGAAGCAGCUGGUCCUUGAGAUUCUUAAGCCCAGUUUAACAGACAAGAAAUCCUGUGCUUGGACAGGGUGUUUUCUUCUUGGGACUUAUCAUCACCGGUGUUUAUGUUGAAAAUCAACUGUUCUUUGAACAAUGAUACACUAAGGGAAAAAAAACAUACCUCCUUACACUUCAUUUAAUAACUCAUUGUCAAGUGAAAACUAAGCAAUUGUAAUAAUAAAGUAACACGUAAUAAUAGAGCAUGAUAAUUAAGAUCUAAAUUCACAGAGGGAAAGAAGUUUCAAAAUCAAAUCAGAAUAUCAUGUGGACAUGGUCGCGAUCUCAUGAAUACUUUUCCCUGGUAGUCCCAGGGUAUGUGCCGUGAUCACUUUGACAGCAAGCAGCCAACAGGAGCAGGAUUGAUCAGGAGAGUUUGCUCCCAUGGAAUCCUGGGUUUAGAAGGUCACUGGGCGCUCAGCCCUGGGUAAGGGGCCGCGAGUUUCAGCCUUCCCAAACUGAUCCUCUUCUCUGCCCCUGAUUAACCUUUCUCUGUCUUUUUGUCAUCUUGUGUCGGUCUUUUUCCAAACCUUUUAUUUCUCCUCCUUAUUUUCCUCCUUCUUGUAGCAUAUGUCUUUUCUUAAAAAUUAGAUUAAUCAAUGAUUUCAUUUAUUCAUUGAUUUAAUAAAAAAAUAUGCAGAGCAUUGAAUUUGUGGCAAAAGGCACUGAACUCUUAGUUAUUUGAAGAUAUGUAAAAUAGCAAUAAAUCUCUCUCAUUAUUACUAAUAAAUACUUCCUAUAAUCUGAGUUUUGUAACGGCACACAACUUGCAUUUGGCACCUGCUCUCAUGUUAAAUAGCUCUAAAUGUUGGCUAUUCCUUCAUAUCCUAGGCUAACAUCAGCCUCCUUAUAGCUCUUGGUAAUGGUUCUGCCCUCUCUGGAGUGACACAAUAUAAAUUGACCCUCAGUACGCCUCCAGCAUGUGACACCUGCCAGGUCCCUCUACCCAAAGUCUUCCUUUCCAGCAUCAGGUUAUACAUGCCUAGUUCUUUUCACUACUUGUCAUCAAUUGACAUGUUGCAAGACUUCCUGUGUUAGACAUAGGAAAGUGCAAAGACACAAAGACAAAUGAGACAAGGCCUCAGGCCCCCUGGAGCUCUGCUUGGGGAAGAAAUAGGACAAGCUCCCCCCAAAAAUGUGAAGAUGGAAGCUCAAUUCAGCAACUGUUUAUUGGAUACUUACUGGGGCCAGGUUCUGUGAUCAGCACUUUAUGUAGAUUAUUUCUAAUUCUCCCAACUCUGCAAAGUAGGUAUCAUUCCCAUCUUAUACGAUUAGAAACUGCGGCUCGAAGAGGUUGUGAUUUGCUUGAGGCACAGAGCUAUUUAGUGACAUAUCUGGAAUUUGAAACCAGAUGUGUCUAGCCCUAAUGAUGCCGUCAUUCUUUCAUGGCAAUAUGCUUCUAGAAGGUUUAAGCUAAGGUUCAUCUUCAGUCAGCGGUUGUGAUGGGGGGAACAGUCUAGUCAGAAGGAGGAGGCUGUUUUGAAGUAUGAGGGAGAGUAUAGGAAGGAUAAGUAAGCUAGAGCUGCUGAAAUAGGAAUUUGGGGGUGAGAGUGACCUAUUAUAAUAGGAAAAAAAACUGAAAAAAAAGUUUAGGUCCAAGUUGAGGAAGGCUUGGACUUCCAUAAUCAGGAGUUUGGCUUGGGGGAGUGAAAUUAUGGGACUUGGCAUGUAGGAGGAUAACUUAGUGGCAGUGUGGGGAUGGAUUAAAGAGAAGGGGGGCCACUGUAGAUGGGACGCAGGGAAACCAGAUAGAUGCUGAUUGUAGUAACUGAGGAGAAGUAGAGAGGUGAGAAAAUUGAGAGCCAUUUCUUAAGGGGAAAAGCUGAGAGAGGAAGAAUUUGAAGACAGCUCAAGAUUUGGGAUCUACAUGACAAGAGGGAUUGGAAUGAACUAAGAAGGUGGACACAGGAGGAACAGGUUGGAACAGGGAUCAGGACUGCUGGGUUCUACUUUUGAAAUGCUGGGUGUGAAUGUGUUUACAGCUUCUUUCAGAUCGUUCCAUUAUCUGUACUCCUUGAGACACCAAGGACCCUGAUAGAUGCACCUGCUGGUUCCCACUUACAGAGACUCAUUUCCUCACAUGAUUUGUCACUUUUUAUUGUGAGCUUAUCUUUAGUAGGAUUUGUUUUUCCUGUGUGACUCCCACGUGCUGUGGAUUGUGACAGGGCUUCUACAUAGAGUUUUUUUUACAUUGCUAUCUACUAGGAUUGUAGAGGUUUUGGCUGUUUUAGACCAAAUAUUAUGUUAAUUUCUUUGAGGCUCAUGGGCCUCACAGGCAGUAUAAAUCUGGAUUUUGCACCCAUUCAUGGUACAGUCCCUAGGAAUUCAAUUUCUGACAGGUGAUCUUUUCUCUUUGCACCCACAUCCCAAGAUAGAUCAUUUGCUUCCUCAUACUCCCCUGAGCUGGUGGCAGCUUUUUCUAUUCCCUUUUUAAGGAAGGGGCAUCUCUUUUAUGUUCUUGUUUUUCUGCUGAGCUCAGAUCAAAAGUUUCUCUCCUCCCAACAAGCCUAAGGCCACACCUCCCAUUUUUGUAAGAUGUUAUUACCUCAGCCAGGUCCCUCGAGCCUAAAUUUGACUCUUCUAAGAUCCUCUAUGGACUCCAGGCUUCCAGCUUAUACCUGCUUUUGCUGUUGUUUCUCCCUUCAUUGCUGCCACUUGAGGGCUCCCCUUUCUUUUGUA